AUGUCACUUCGCCGCUCGGCGCGGGCUCCUACCACUCAGCCAGCUCCCAAUGCCCGACGAAACACUAACUCAUCCACAUCAUCUGUUUCUUCUGGUCAACCUGAUCGCAAACCACGCUCCCAGCCUAAAUCUGGUUCUCCACUAAGCUCCGCAGCGGCUAGAUCGCCGUCACCGGAAACACCACGUGCACUCGAGGACGCGCUCCCGCGACGGACAAGAAGCACACAGGAUGACACUAGAGGAGAAGGAGCCGUUAAGGUGAAACGUAACGGGGAAGACAAUGAAGAGGAAGAGGAGGAGGAGGAGGAGGAUGAGGAAGAAGAGACUCGAUGCAUAUGCGGCCACCAAGAAUAUCCUGGUUUGCCUGUUAUUGAUGCUGAAAAUUCAAGAAGGAGGUCACAAGUUGACUCUGAUCCAACUUCGGAGGACACCACGGGAUGGUUCAUCCAAUGCGACGAAUGUCAGGUGUGGCAACACGGAGGCUGUGUUGGAAUCCUCGAUGAAACGCAGAGCCCUGAGAAAUACUUCUGUGAGCGGUGUCACAGAGACUUACACGAGAUUGGCCAAGAUCUUAAUGGACGGAAUUACUCUCGCUAUCUUCCUGCAAACGGGUCUAACUCCAACUCCGCGUCACCAGAAUUGAGGUCCAAAGACCACCCGAAACGGACGAGAGAGACCAAGCCAACUCGGACAGAAUUAGAAAAUUUAGCUAAAGGACGCCGUGCAACUAUGAACAGCCGCGAUUCUGCGUACGAUGAAGCCGAACAUUUACGGAGAGCCAUUGAGGAAAGCAAGAAAGAUAGUUUAGCAAAGACCAACGGUACGCGUAAGGGAAAGCGGGGCCGAAGCGAAAGUGAAGGCCUUGAAGACAGCACGAAGCGAAGACGAACGGCCUCCGGCUCAACCUCUAGCCAAAGCAAACAGCGCCUUCCAGGAGAUAUCUCGGACGAUGAAGCUGAAAAAUUGGAGGCACUCAAAAGCAUACGGGGCGCAACAGCUCGCAAUCACCGCUCCAAAGAGGUCCGCGGAAAAGAAGCGGGACGCGAGAGGGAACGGACAGAGGGAAGUAAGGAGAAGCACUCUAACCAGAAGCGGAAGAUUGACGACUACUUCCUCAAAAGUCCCAGCGCAAAAUGGCAGGGUAUCUCACGCAGCGGUAGCGUCCAAAUCACACAAAAAAGGUGGCCGCCCCCAGCUCGAAAGAGCCGACUUGGCCGCAACCAAUACAGUAAAGAUCGAGAACCACCUAAACAAACCACUCAUUCUCCUCCCAGCAACAACUCACAGGACAGGGACAUCUCCAACGGAAGCAAUGGUGCGCAUGGCAAUGGCGCAGCCGAAAGCAAUGGCCUCGGGAAGCCUUCUCGACCAAGGCAUAUGAAUCCUAAUCGCACAACUAUGAACGACAUGAAGCGACGCGUCGCUGGAAUACUGGAGUAUAUCAGCCAUAUCCAGGUGCAAAUGGCGAGCCUAGAUGCCGCGAGGCCCAAGCUCAACCUUCCAAACAAUCACCCGCCAGGUACUUCCGGACAACGUCGGGCUGGUGCUCGGGGAAAAGGUGAAGCCGUGGUCGGAGCUAACGAGCUUAAAGAUAUUGUAGAGUCACUCGACCAAGGCGACAUCAUGGACGGCGAUGCCUACGAGAAGCUAAAUGCACUUGGAAUGAUGGAAGUCUUGACGAAGCAACUGAUGAAGUGGCAGCAACAGUUUGGGAAGUACGGAGAGAAAUAG